CUAUUUUAACAUUCAGCAUUCCCAUUUGCAAAAAAAAAAAAUAAAAAUUCUAGCUAUCUAGCUAGGAUUACCCUAAUCUCUCCUGCCAAAUAUCAAAGAUUUUGGUUAGAAUUGAAUCCCAUUUGGAAAAAAAUAAAAUUCUAGCUAGCUAUCUAGCUAGGAUAAUUACUCUCAUCUCUUCUGCCAAAUUCCAAGGAUUUUGGUUAGAAUUGAGUUGAAUCCAUGGCGCUUCAAUGGCUGAGCUUAGUGGCAGCGAUAUGGCUGCAAUCAGUGAACGGCAGCAACUUGAAUUUCCCGGCGUAUUCUUCCCGGCUUAAACAGCUCCUCUCCCUAUCUCAGGUGCAGCUCAACAAUCUGGCGUUCGCCAACGACGCCGGGAAGCUUUUCGGCUGGUUUUCCGGCGUGGCGGCGGCGUAUUUGCCGCUCUGGGUGGUGCUGUUGAUUGGGUCGACGCUUGGGUUCAUUGGCUAUGGCGUCCAGUAUCUCUUCCUCGUAAAUCAGAUCACUUCCUUGUCUUUCUGGCAGGUUUUCUUGCUCACGGCCGUGGCGGGGAACAGCAUUUGCUGGAUCAACACCGUCUGUUACAUCCUGGCCAUCCAAAACUUCCCGCUGGAUCGCCAGGUGGCCGUCGGAUUGUCCACGAGCUAUGUCGGGUUAAGCGCCAAGAUUUUCACCGACAUAGUCGAUGUCGUGAACGUGGAUUCUCCGGCGGGGGAAAGGGCCAAAACGUAUCUCCUCCUCAACGCCGCCUUGCCGUUAGUGGUCUCCGCCGUGGCGGCGCCGUUGGCUAGGGAUAUCAAGAUCGGAAGAUCAAGAAGCCUGGCCGGCGGGUUUAGUAUAAUGUUUGUGAUAACCAUAGCCACCGGGGUUUAUGCCGUGAUUACUAGUUUGGGUGCCGGCGUUUCAAGAAUCUUGCCUAGUUACUUGAGCUUGACGGGCAUGGCGGCUUGGUUGGUGUUCCCCGUCGUGGUCCCCAUCGCUGAGGAGCUUAAAGAACAGUUACAGAGAAAGUGUUGGAUUAGGCACGACAUGAAAGUUUAUAAUCAGAGCGAGGAUGAACAAUCCGCCUCGAGAUCACCACCUUCUGGUGCCACGCAAUCACUACCACCACCACUACCACCAUCAGUAUGGACAGAAUCAAAAGAAUGUAAUUCUGGCCCGGGAUUACCACCACCGUCAUCACUAUCUGGUGCCACGCAAUCACUAUCAUUGGAGGGAUUAUCAAAAGAACGACAUGCAGGUUUGGAUGGGAUUUCGAGUAGGGAGGAGAUUGGGGCAAAGAAAAUGGUGACAAGAAUUGAUUUUUGGCUAUAUUUCUUUGUUUAUUUCUUUGGGGCGACGCUAGGGUUAGUGUACUUGAACAACUUGGGACAAAUAGCGGAGUCGCGUGGCAGUUCGGAGACUUCUACGUUGGUCUCACUGUCGUCGUCGCUCAGUUUCUUCGGUCGUCUUCUUCCGUCGCUCUACGACUACUUCUUCUCAAAGAGCAAGUACAGGAUAUCGAGGCCGGCGAGCAUCGCCGCCACGAUGGUGCCGAUGUGCGGCGCGUUCUUCCUGCUGCUCCACGGCAGCCACAUCUGUCUCUACAUCAGCACAGGCGUGAUAGGAAUCUGCACCGGCGCGAUAACUUCCAUCGCCGUCUCCACAACCACCGAGCUCUUCGGCGCCCAAAAUUUCGGCGUGAACCACAACCUCCUCGUCACCAACAUCCCCAUCGGCUCCUUCCUCUUCGGCGACAUGGCCGCGCUCAUCUACAAGAGAGAAGGCCGCCGCCAUAGCUCCGCCGGCACCGGAACCUGCAUGGGAACCACCUGCUUUCACACCACCUUUCUAAUCUGGGGUUGUCUCUGCUCCUUUGGAACGUUGUUGGCCCUCGUCUUCCAUGCAAGAACUCGAAGCUUUUAUUCUCACCGCCAACCUGUCAACGCUCUCCCGUAAACGGCGGUUAAAGCCGUUUACCGUUAUAGUACGUAUAGAAGCCAUAGCCUAUAGCUAGCAGUAAUUAAGGUUACUGCGUACGUUGUUUUUUUACUGCGUACGUUGUUUGUCAAGUUGAUGUAUGUAAUAUUUUAAUUAGGAAUUAUUAUUAUUAUUAGGAAAAUACUAUUUAGACAGUUAGACUCCCAA